UUUACGUGCCAGUUGACAGGCAGUACGGUCUUUUCAACCAUAGACCUGGUUAAAGCUUAUCAUCAGAUACCAGUAUACGAAGACGACAUUCCGAAAACCGCUAUCGCCACUCCUUUCGGGCUUUACGAAUUCCCGUUCAUGACGUUCGGUCUUCGUAACGCCGCACAGACCUUUCAAAGAUUCAUGGACGAGGUACUGCGGGGCUUAGAUUUUUGUUAUGGGUACCUGGAUGACAUUCUAGUCUUCAGCAGCAGCAGUACCCUUCAUCAAGAGCAUCUCAAGUUGUUGUUCCAAAGACUAGCAGAAUAUGGAGUUCUAAUAAAUACCAACAAAUGUACUUUCGGCAAAACGCAAGUCCAGUUCCUGGGCCACAACGUGUCAGCAGCAGGAAUACAGCCGUUAGAAUCGAAGGUUGAAGCCAUUCAGAACUUCCCGGUACCCAAGACGCUAAAAGAAUUACGAAGAUUUUUAGAUGCCCUUUCGCGUAUCGAGGCAGUUUCUAUACCCUUAGAUUACCACUCCCUGGUCAAAGCACAAGAGGCGGACAGCGAGCUACAGGACCUGCUGAAAAAUGGGUCUGCGCUUAGGUUGAAGAAAAUACGAUUAGAGUCAGAGCCAGCUCUUCUGGUAUACUGCGAUGUCUCUCAAAGUAAUCCUCGACCAUUCAUCACACCUUCAUAUCGCAAGCAGGUAUUCGAUUCGCUCCACAAUUUAAGCCAUCCAGGAGCCAAGCCUACGGUCAAGUUAGUUACAGAGCGCUACAUUUGGCCUGGUAUCCGCAAAGACUGUCGACAAUGGGUAAAGGAGUGUCAACAAUGUCAGCAAAGCAAAGUGACCAGACACACUCAAGCUCCGCUACAAGCCUUCGAAAGCCCUUCCGCACGUUUUCGACACAUCCACUUGGAUUUGAUAGGUCCUUUACCUUUAUGUUUAGGUUACAGGUACUGCCUAACCAUCGUGGACCGCUACACAAGGUGGCCAGAAGUCUACCCACUACAAGACAUCACCGCCGAAAGCUGCAUUGCUGCCCUUUCCAGUGGUUGGAUAUCACGGUUCGGGUGCCCCGAACACAUCACCACUGACCGUGGCCGGCAGUUUGAGUCGGGCGCUUUCAAAGAACUGGUCAAGCUCAUCGGUGCCAACCAUCAUACCACAACGGCAUAUCAUCCGACAGCUAAUGGUAUGGUAGAAAGACUACACCGUCAAUUAAAAGCCGCAAUUGCCUGUCAUUCUACUCCGAACUGGGUAGAAGUGUUACCGUGGGUAUUACUAGGUAUACGCAGCGCAUUCAAGGAUGACAUUAAAGCUUCAACGGCCGAACUUGUCUACGGGGAACCACUGCGGUUACCUGGACAGUUCUUCUCAUCAGCACCCCCAACCAUCGAGGACAUCACCGAAUUCAUUGGUAGAAUCCGAACACAUGUCAAUAAAUUAAGGCCACAACCAUCAUCUUGGCACACAAGUUCUAAUCAAACUUUUUACAUACCAAAAGACCUUAGGCUUACCUCGCACGUAUUUAUCCGGCAGGGUCCCCAUCGGAAACCCCUUCAAGCACCUUAUUCAGGUCCAUACAGGGUGCUGCGACGCGAGGAGAAAACCUUUGACAUCGACGUACUAGGCAAAACGCAGCGAAUCAGCAUAGACAGACUGAAACCAGCUUACAUACUCGCUGAGGACCAGACAGACCAGAACAUUAAAGUUCAGGAGAAGUCUGAUGCCAUCCCUGCCAGUAAAACCAGGAGUGGUAGAGUGGUCAGAUUCCCAAACUACUAUCGCCCGUAGUCACGGUCUCGGCGGGGGAGUAGUGUGGCGAGUGCACAAUGCGUCUAAACGCAGCACAAACAUCACCUGAUCAACUACGUCAUGGAUCAGGUGAUGUUGCAGUGGUCUGAUGUAUGUCGUCACACGUAUGGAUACGCCCCUUCGGCAAUAUGGUCGCAUGCGCAUCUAUUGUCCUCGCAGCGACGUCACACGCUUGACCACACCCCCAGCAAGAUGGCCGCAUGCAUCGCUUUUGUUUUCGCCUAGGAGGAGGUCCCAAAAGUGGCAAGCACGCGUGGUGGUCAUCGUGAGAGGGGAAUGCCUAUAUAAGCGCUGUUGUUGUUGUUUAUUUUUAAUAAAUUAAUUAUUUCAACUACUUUUACUGUGCGCUCUAAUGUAAACAUUGUUGACUUGUCACAAUAAAUAACUCUUAAAGUC